AUGUCAGAAGAACGUCUGCCUUUGCUACUGGGAACAUCCAGCAAUACCAACAGCAACUCAAACCAACGUCCAACACGUCGUGGAGACUACUCAAGAGCAAGAAGCGCAAGUGCAGUCAGUGCCAUCAGCACAUCUAUAGAAUCAGUGAAGGAGUUUAUCAAAGAUAAUUGGCCUUCCCUAACUACACAAAAGUUUGUUGCUGGAAUUCUAUGGGCCAUAGUGGCUGUUGUUAUAUUCAAUUUGAUCUUUCUACCCAGAACAUCCUUAGGCCGUGAUUACAGAAGAAUUCAUUUCUCAACAUUAUCCAAAGUUGAAUCUCAAAGAUUGUUUUUGAAAUCUUUAAGUGAUGAGAAUAAUGCUAGUGAUUUGCUAUACAACUAUACCCAUUCGCCACACUUGGCGGGAGAAGGUGAUGAUUUAACACAGUUCACCAUUGAUAAAUUUAAAGAGUACGGGUUCAAACCAUAUAAGGAAAAAUAUCAAAUUUGGUAUAAUAAGCAUAUUGCGAAUGGAGUUUCGUUGAUUAAUUCGGAUGAUGAAGUUGUUUACACCCCAACGCUAUUGGAAGAUGAACUCAAACAAGAUAAAGCUUCAAAUAAUACUUUAUCAACCCCUGCCUUUCAUGCAUAUUCAGCUAAUGGGAAUGUCACAUCCAGAUAUAUCUAUGCAAAUUAUGGUACCAAGGAAGACUAUGCUAAAUUGGAACUAGCUGGCGUUCAAACAAAUGGAACAAUCCACAUCAUCCGAUAUACAAAGUUGUUUAGAGGAAUCAAGGUGAAGAAUGCUGAAAGAGCAGGUGCAGUAGGUGUAUUGAUGUAUACCGAUGCACUAGAUGAUGGUGAAAUAACUGAAAAAAAUGGAUACAAGUCAUACCCUGAAGGUCCUGCUAGAAACCCAUCAAGCAUUCAAAGAGGUUCUGUUGGAUAUUUUACUGAUCAACCAGGAGAUCCAACUACUCCUGGUUUUGCAAGUUCAAGAUUAGGUAAAAGACAAGAUCCAAGUCCUUUUAUGCCCGGCAUCCCUUCAAUUCCAAUCAGUGCUAAAGAAGUGGGUCCAUUGUUAGAGAAACUAAACGGUAGAGGUUCGAGUCUAGGUUGGAGUGGUGAUGUAGAUGGAUUUGACUAUUCAACAGGUCCUUCAGACUAUAAAAUUAACAUGUUCAAUGAACAACAGUAUUCCAUCAAACCAAUAACUAAUAUACUUUAUGUCAUACCAGGUUUAUUAAAUGAAAAAAUAUUUAUUGGGAACCACAGAGAUUCUUGGACUGUUAGUGGAGCUGGUGACCCAAAUAGUGGGAGUGCAAUAUUGUUGGAAAUAACAAGAGCUUUUGGUCAUUUAGUUAAAAAGGGUUGGAAACCUUUAAGAACAAUUGUUGUUGCGUCAUGGGAUGGCGAAGAAUUUGGUAUGCUUGGGUCAACUGAAUAUGGUGAAUACCAUUUAAGAGAUUUGAAAAACAAUGUUAUUGCUUAUUUGAACUUGGAUAUGGGGGUUAUUGGACAUAAGUUACAAGUUGAUUCUAAUCCAUUAUUGCAUCAUUUUUUGAUUGAUACCAGUAAAUAUAUUCCUUUUAACGGUCAAGACAAUUACACUUUAUAUGAUUAUUGGAAAGAUCAAGAUGAUAAUCAUAUUGAUAUUAUUGGUGCUGGCUCUGAUUUCACUGUUUUCCAACAUCAUUUAGGAAUCCCAAGUUGUAUGGUUUAUUUCAAUAAUGAUGGUAAAGAUGCACCUCUACAUGUUCAUUCAAAUUAUGACUCGUAUCAUUGGAUGUCCACAUUCAUUGAUCCUGAUUUCAAGUUACACAACACUUUGGCAAAAUAUUUUGGAUUCUUAGCAUUAUCAAUCAGUGAGAAUGAAGUUUUCGAAUAUAGAGUUGCACAUUAUGCUAAAGAAAUUUCCAAAUAUUUCCAAUCACUUAAAGAACAAGCUCCUCAUGGUUGGCUUGAAAAGCACCUUGAAAAAUCAAAAACUGUUGGUAAGGCAAUUGAAGAUGUUGAAUUUGCAUUAUCAGAGUUUUAUUCAUAUGCUGAUAUGUUUGAUAUGCGUGCCAAACUUCUCCAGAAGCAAAUUUCAAUUGAUUAUCCAUGGUUCAAGAUUUAUAAAAAGAUCAAGCUAGCAAUAGAUAUAAAGUUAUUAGGUAAUAGAGCUAAAAAGAUUGACAGAUUAUUUGUUGAUGAUAAAGGUUUAAAAAACAGACCUUGGAUGAAGCAUGUUUUAUUUGCACCUGAUCGUGAGAAUGGUUACAAUGGAGAUAUUUUACCAGGUCUUCACGAAGCUAUAAUUGACAAUGAUUUGGAAGAAUUCAAGGAAUGGUUGGGCAUUAUACUCAAAAAGGUUAAAUCAGCAACAACCAAAGUUAUGAUAAAUAAAUGA